AUGCCUCCGCAAGUGUCAGACGAGCAGCUAGGCGAUGCGCUCCUUCAAUCGGCACAGUAUGGAGCGUUCCCCCAAGACGAACAUGUGGCAUCUGCUACUGUGCCAUCCACUGCGCUCCCAAAACUGCUAGAAGUAGUUACCAAGGCCCGCGAAGACACCAAAAACCAAGUCCGUCAGCUUUCACGAGAGGCCGCACCCGACGUCGACGGUUGGAUUACCCAGGCACGCAAGCUCCAACAUGAUAUCAAACGCUCUCAAGAUACGGCCAAGGAAAUUGUACAGCUAGCAGAAGCAGGCAAAGAGAACAUGGCACGCGUACAGGAUGCCGCAAGCAAGGUCAGCCUGUUGCACACCGAGAUUGCGUACAACGAGAGCCUGGUACAGACAGUGGAACAACUGCGAGACAUAUCUACUUUGCUAGACUCGGCUCAGAAUGCGGCGGUAAACGGUCAUAUCCUCCACGCCAUCAGCACCCUGGAAGAUGCAGACGACGCCUUCAAGAGACUCGGUCCCUUCAUGACGACGAGAGUAGUGGGUGUCCUCAGAAAUAAGCAAGAGCAGCUAAAGAAGGCCCUCAUAGAGACUAUCAUAGAAUCUUGGAGCGGACUAAUAUCAGUUGACCGCGCCAGCCAUAAGAUUUCGCUGCACCAAUUGAUCGAACGAGAAGCCAAAGUUGAUAUCAAUACAACCGUCGAAGCCCUCGUAAAGCUUGGCUUCCUUGACAACCUAAUCGUCCGCUUGAGUCGCGACAUCGAUAAAACCAUAAUUGCCCCCCGUCUUGCCAUGGGCGCCGACCGCGUUGUAUCCUCAUUCGAGGUUCACGGGGACGAUAUACAACGCGCAGGUCCAGUAAACGAUGGAAGUAUCAAGACAACAAUAGGAGACAUUCAGACCAUUGCAGAGUAUCUAAACACACGGUUACCACCCUCUAUUGUUAUCCCGCUAUCACACAAGAUCGUUCCAAUCAUCGCGUCCCGUCUAAUAUCAAAUCAUCUUUUGCCUGCCAUACCGCUUUCAACAGAGGGCAUCCCUGAAUUUCAAGAGUCGCUAUCUUAUGUCUUGGGGCUUGUGGAAUUCCUGGAUGAGCUGGGGUGGUCGGGUCAGAGCCGUCUAACAGAGUGGGUCGACAAGUCCCCCGAAUUCUGGCUAGCCAGGCAAAAGGAAGCCGCCAUUGCCCAAGUCCAAGUCAUGAUUCCGAAAAAGGUACUAGAGAAAAAGACCGUGGAGAGGGUUGAGACGCAAAUCGUAUCCAAGGGAGAUGCCUUACACGCUGGUGAUGACCAAGAAGAUGACUGGGCUGCAGAUUGGGAUGGUGAGGGCGAGGAUGAGACCACUAAGGAGCAAACAAUAUCGGUAGAAGAAGAGGACAUGAGUGCUUGGGGUGAUGAAGUUGACAUACCGGAUGAGGAGCCCAAGGAAGAAGUUUCUAAGGAGAAGCCCUCCGAUGUUGAAGAUGCCGAAGAUUGGGGUGCGGAUUGGGACGACGAAAUCGAUACUAAGCCAACUACCACGUCAAAUCCCACAGCUAAAGCACCAGAAUCACCGAAUUCAAAAAAGAAAUCAGCCCAGCAAAAGGCGCCCACGGAUCAAAAGGUCACACUGCGAGAAACAUACACCGUGACAGCAAUCCCUGACGCAAUCAUGGAUAUCAUUUUGCAGGUUCUUAGAGAUGUAGACGCUCUCAAUUCGGCCGAUCUUGUCAAAUCAGCCAUUUCACCUGCAAGUGGAGGCUUGUACGCAAUACCAAGUCUACUGCUUGCAAUGUAUCGAGCCACCGCCGCUAUGCAUUACUCCAAGGACAUUGCGAGUAACAUGCUCAUCUACAAUGACUGUCAGCGCCUAUCAGAUCGGCUGAGGCUCUUCUUACAGGAACAAGCAGAAAAGGACACAUCAUCUACCUUACCGCAACAUCUGCAACCCUCAAAACGCUUAAAGCCAUUGCUGGAGGCUGACAUCAAGACCAUUGAUGGAUUUGGCAAACGUGCGUAUGGACGUGAGAUGGAAUCGCAACGACAAAUAAUAAGGGAUCACUUGGAAGAUGCCCAAGGCUUUCAGGAUUGCACCAACGUCCCUUUCGCCACAGUAUGCGACGAUGCUAUUGCCACAACCAUCGACAGGAUAGGAGACGUGAAGCGCCAAUGGCAAAACGUCCUCUCCAAGAGCGCUUUACUCCAGUCUCUUGGCUCAUUAGUAUCAGCGGCCCUUACAAAGUUCGUGAAUGAUGUGGAGGACAAAGCAGAUAUUGCUGAAGACGAGUCUCGAAAACUACAUGGAUACUGUGUCUCGCUUUCUACACUCGCACAACACUUCCAGACAGAGGACGAUAAUGGAGAAAUCAGAGACAUGGCUGGCGUCUAUACACCUAACUGGUUCAAGUUUCAGUAUCUCAGCGAGAUUCUAGACAGCAGCCUCGCAGACAUCAAGUACUUCUGGACAGACGGAGAACUGAAACUAGAAAUGGAGGCUGAGGAGGUGAUAGGCUUGAUUGAGGCGUUGUUCGCACCGACUGAUCAUCGGAGGAGAGCAAUUGCUGAGAUCAGGAGGACCACCUUAACGCGCCACAAGCUUUCGACUCUUGUAAACGAGCUCCUACAUCGUGGGGAUGAAAAUCGCAUUCCAUUCGACAUACUUAUCAAUGGCGAAUUCCUCCGCACAACCAUCGACCAGUUUCUCACCAAGAAUGGUAUUAAUGCCGAAGCGACGCUCGAUGUAGAAUACACUAGGGCGCUAGUACCACCACUGAAUGUGACGAGUUUCGAACAUAACGAUUGGGUUUCUGCAGUUGAUGUCCUGUCGGGGGUACAGAGUGGACAAGAGAGGAUACUGAGCGCAAGUUACGACGGGCUUCUGAGAGUAUGGAACACAUCAGGCGAUGUUUUGGCGACGUCCGAGGCGCCCAACAAUGGAGGUCGGAUUACCAGCUUGAAGACGGCAAAGUGGUUGUCUGAGAAGAAGAUAGUUGCCGCUGGAUUGGACAACACUGUUCGCGUGUACAAAUAUGACGACGAUACGCGGACCAUCACGACUGCCUUGGAACUCUUCAACCACCGCUGGGGCGUAGAAGACGUUGCAGUCCACGCACCUUCAAACCGGAUCCUGUCUGCAUCUUCAGACACGACUGUUUCGCUUUUCUCGAGCAACGCAAAAGAAAACCCAGCCGCACCAUCGAAUCUGCUCCCGAACUCAACAGCCGCUUCUAACAAGCGACAAAAACUCUCGAAACCAGACCGUACGGUUCCUGCCCGCGGCGCAUUGGCAACAUUCACAGGCCACAAUUCGCCUGUCUCCAGCAUAAUCUUCAAGCCAGACGAUGCUACAGUCGCAUACUCUGCUUCACACGACCACACGCUCAAGACAUGGGAUCUGCCUACCGCUACAUGUGUUGAUACGCGAACAACGGGCCACUCGCUCCUCUCCUUGUGCGCGAUUCCUUCCCGAAAUCUCCUGGCAACCGGUACCUCGGCACGCCACAUUACUCUCGUCGACCCCCGCGCAUCGGCUACCCAGAUUAGCGUCAUGACGCUACGAGGCCACAAGAAUGCCGUUGUAUCUCUCGACACGGAUCCGUCGUCCGAACACAACCUUGUGUCUGCGUCUCACGAUGGUACAGUCCAAAUAUGGGAUCUUAGGAACGUUAGUGCUGGUGGCCAGGUUGGAGAGGGCUUAACGGGUGAAAGCGUAUAUACAAUUUACAGGCAAUCGUGGGAUGGCGAGAAUGUCAAGAGCCAUGGCGAGGGCGCAAAGGUCUUCAGCGUGUGCUGGGAUCGCCAAGUGGGUAUUGUAUCUGGUGGUGAGGACAAGCGGGUACAGAUUAACCGUGCGAUUGGGUCUUGA